AUGGUGCACAAUGUAGGCAUGCAGCUCCCAAGACUAUCAUUCUUUCUCCUCACUAGUAGGGCUGUACCACGCCUUGUCAGACGCGAUGUCACUACCCACACAACCCUAUGCUCUGGAAUCAAGCCAGUGCUAGUCAGGCUCCUGGAAGAUGGCUCAGAAGUGCGCAUGAAUAAAGGUGAGAUGUUCAAAUAUCAACGAUACAGAUGGCUUACUAGAAGGAGAGAUCCCCAACAUCUGGCUGCACGGUACCGUGAAUUCAACCUAGAGAACCUCCUUGAGACAGUCAAUCUAUCCACUGACCAUAAGGGAGCGCGAUGCGUGAAGGUGUCAAAAUGUAUGGAAGGACAGUACAACAAAGCCUUCGUAUUGACGAUGGAUAAUGGUGAACAACUUGUUGCUAGGUUGCCCAACCCUAACGCCGGCCCUGCUUUCUUUACUACGGCCUCGGAAGUCCGCGAGUUCUUGGGGAUUCCGGUCCCGCGCAUCUAUGCCUGGUCUACAGACAGGUCGAACUUAGUCGGAGCUGAGUAUAUCAUAGAGAAAAAGGCCACAGGAUAUUCGCUUGGGAGUAUUUGGGGCCGAAUGUCUAGGUCCUCGCAAUUUGUGAUUAUUGACCAAGUUGUUGAAAUAGAGAGGAAACUGGCAUCUGUAUCGUUCCCCAUGCAAGGGUGCCUCUACUACACGUCCGACCUCAAAUCGGAGGUCCCUGACGCUAAAGGCCUCGACAUUAUGCUUAGGAAACUGUCAGGUCUGAAGAUAGAGGAUUGCAAGCAGUUGUCCUGCUUCGCAAUUGGACCAUCUAAUGACCGAAAAUUGUGGAAUGAUGAAAGGCACUCGAUGGAACUGAAUAGAGGACCAUGGACCAACCCUAUCCAUUACGUGACUGCCCUGGGAGUUAACGAACUGAAUUGGGCAAGAUGCCAUGCAAAGCCAAGAAUGAACUACUACCGGUCAACGGAGACUCCAGAAAAUCCCAACGAGUACCUGGCUCUUCUCCAGCGUUAUCUCGACAUCGCCCCACACCUCUGUCCUGAUUACGACAACAUUAAUACGCUGUCACAUCCAGACCUCCACCUCGACAAUAUAUUCAUCGACCCUGAAACACACCAGAUCACUUCCAUCAUAGACUGGCAACUCGCAGCCAUAACGCCAUCAUUUUUACAACAUCCUCACCCGCAAAUGCUGGAACUCUCACUUAGCCCAGGCAGCGAAGAACAAAGAAGCAGGGAAAAGGAGCUACUCGAAUACUACUACAAAGCAACAGAAAAAGUAAAUCCAUCCCUAGCUGAGGCAUUCAAUGACCCAUACCUAUCGACACGAGUCACCCCCAUUAAUCUGAUAUCUGGAUGUUGGGAACGCGAGGACACUUUCUCACUGCGUGAGUCUUUGAUCAAGGUUUCCGCAUACUGGGACCAACUCCGGCAAGACGACACACCAUUCCCGGUCGACUUUAAUGUCGAUAAGCUAGCUGAACAUGAACGCGAAAGGGAAUUAUUUGGGGCGCUUUCAAACAUCGUUCAGCAGUUAGAAGAAGAAGGACUUAUUCCGAUUGGAGGGAUGGUUCGACCGGAGGAGUAUGAACAUGCCAAGAUGGUGAGUGAGUACUUUAAGAGCGAGUUUAUCAAUCUAGCCGAGGAUGAUCAACAACGGGAACUGCAUGGAAAGGUAUGGCCUUAUUAG